CAGGCUCCUGUCCCCUUGCCCUGAAAUCAAUCCCCGAAGCGCUCUCACCGCGUCAAAUCGACAGCUAGGGUUAGGGUUUUCCAGAUUUCAUUCUUCCGUCCACUGUUGUCGGUUUCAUCUCACGCGAUCGCGAAAUCUACGAUCUCAAGGAGACCAACAAGGAAAGAUGACGGGGAAGGCGAAGCCGAAGAAGCACACGGCCAAGGAAAUCGCGGCCAAGGUCGACGCGGCGACGACCAACAGAGGCGGCGGCAAGGCGGGGCUGGCCGAUCGGUCGGGGAAGGAGAAGGGCGGCCACGCCAAGCUGGAGUGCCCGCUCUGCAAGGUGACCGCGCCGGACAUGAAGUCGAUGCAGAUUCACCACGAUGCCAAGCACCCCAAGAUCCCCUUCGACGAGUCCAAGCUCGUCAAUCUCCACGCCUCCCUUGUCGGCGAUACCUCCAACUCCACCUCCAACUCCACCUCCAACUCCAACUCCAACUCCAACUCCAAGCCGCGCCCCGGCAUCCGCGGCAGCUUCAAGAAGUGAAACUGUGGCCCCUAAUCCCGCUUGGGUAAUUACCAGAGUACUAUCCAUCAAUAAACCCUGGCCCCUCUUUCUAGAUCUCCGUGUUUCUUGUCUUGUCUUGUCUUGUCUUGGGCUGUGGUUUAUGGUUAUGAUAAGCACGUUCUGAGAGUUGAAUUUUCUGUUACUAUCUUCUUCAUCUUAGCUUUGUGAUAAUGGUGGCAGUUCUAUAUUCUCCUUUUGAUAACCGUGGUGCUUAUGUAUAAAUAUAAAUAUAUAUAAUAUCCGACUCAUAUUUCGGACGA